UUUUAGAGUCCGUCAAAAGUGUCAGUAGGACUCUACUACACCUAAAAGGAAGUAGCCUAGUUUGAAUAUUGCGAUAAUAUAACUACUACACCUAAAAGGAAGUAGCCUAGUUUGAAUAGUGUGAUACUAGAACUGUACUUUACAGUAUUGGAGUAACUAACGUACAAUCCAUCAACGGGAUGCCAACCCAGCCCUCAGUCAGAGAACCAGAGGAAGAGAUGGAGGUGGAGGGAGACAGUGAACUACCAGAAGCCAAUGGAGAGAUGGAGGAAAAGAGGGAGAGAGAGAGAGGAGAGGGGGAGGAGGAGACCAUGGAUGAGAGCACAGAGGAGAGGGAGAGCGACUUGGACGAGAGUGAGGAGGAGAGUUCGGAGAUGGAUGAUGAGGACUGUGAGAGGAGGAGAGGAGAGUGUCUUGAUAAGAUGUCAGAUCUGGAGAAACAGUUCCUGGAACUCAAAGACAAGCUGUUCCGCGAGCGGUUGAACCAGGUUAAGGUGAAGCUAGAAGAGGUGUUGACUGGUAAAACAGGAGAAUACAGAGAUCCACUGGCAAGACUGCAACACAAUAUGAUGUUAGGCACACAGGUGGCAGGUGUGUACAGAGAGCUGUGUCUGCAGGUGGUCAAACACAGGUACGAGUGUGAUCUACAGGGAGCUCGACAACAUCUGGAGAGCGAGAGGAACUUGUUGUUCGAUGCUAUGAAGACUGAACUGCUGGACAAGAUCAGACGACUGGAGGAGGAUAGACAGAGUGUAGACCUCACAUCAGAGUGGUGGAGUGAUGAGGUAAAGGGAAAGAAGUGUAGAAGGAGGAGUUUGUCCGUUCCGGAGAGGAAGAAGAAGGCUCUAGUGUCUGGCCCGUUCAUCGUCUACAUGUUGAGAGACAUUGAUAUCCUGGAAGACUGGGCAGCUAUACAGAAGGCUAAAGCAGCACUGAUGCCGCUCAAGAAAAAAACAGACAAGCGGUGAUAACAGAGGAGUGUGUCACAGACGUCUAGACAAAGUCUCUGCGCUGCAGAAGAGAAACCACAGCAACAGAACAGCCUUGAACACAGGCCAGUUUGAGACUAUUAGAUAAUACAAAGCACUUCAGUAGGGUCCUGUUCAGUAGCGCGUACUGUUACAAAAAAAAACAUUUAGCAACAGAACAUGACAAUCUCUCUUCUUUUUGAACACGUUCAGGUGGUAUACCUCCCGUAUUCACUCUGUUUGAAACUGUUUAGUCUCUCUAAGACCCAGAGAAGGAAGAAGAGGAAACAAAUCACCCUUAUAUAACCAGCUAGCCAGACCCAGAUCUCAAUAUACCUUUAAAUAACCAGCUAGCCAGACCCAGCUCUCAACUCACCUUUAUAUAACCAGCUAGCCAGACCCAGAUCUCAACUCACCUUUAAAUAACCAGCUAGCCAGACCCAGAUCUCAAUAUACCUUUAAAUAACCAGCUAGCCAGACCCAGAUCUCAAUAUACCUUUAAAUAACCAGCUAGCCAGACCCAGAUCUCAAUAUACCUUUAUAUAACCAGCUAGCCAGACCCAGAUCUCAACUCACCUUUAAAUAACCAGCUAGCCAGACCCAGAUCUCAACUCACCUUUAAAUAACCAGCUAGCCAGACCCAGAUCUCAAUAUACCUUUAAAUAACCAGCUAGCCAGACCCAGAUCUCAAUAUACCUUUAUAUAACCAGCUAGCCAGACCCAGAUCUCAAUAUACCUUUAUAUAACCAGCUAGCCAGACCCAGAUCUCAACUCACCUUUAAAUAACCAGCUAGCCAGACCCAGAUCUCAAUAUACCUUUAUAUAACCAGCUAGCCAGACCCAGAUCUCAAUAUACCUUUAAAUAACCAGCUAGCCAGACCCAGAUCUCAAUAUACCUUUAAAUAACCAGCUAGCCAGACCCAGAUCUCAACUCACCUUUAAAUAACCAGCUAGCCAGACCCAGAUCUCAACUCACCUUUAAAUAACCAGCUAGCCAGACCCAGAUCUCAAUAUACCUUUAAAUAACCAGCUAGCCAGACCCAGAUCUCAAUAUACCUUUAAAUAACCAGCUAGCCAGACCCAGAUCUCAAUAUACCUUUAAAUAACCAGCUAGCCAGACCCAGAUCUCAACUCACCUUUAAAUAACCAGCUAGCCAGACCCAGAUCUCAACUCACCUUUAAAUAACCAGCUAGCCAGACCCAGAUCUCAACUCACCUUUAAAUAACCAGCUAGCCAGACCCAGAUCUCAAUAUACCUUUAAAUAACCAGCUAGCCAGACUCAGAUCUCAACUCACCUUUAAAUAACCAGCUAGCCAGACCCAGAUCUCAACUCACCUUUAAAUAACCAGCUAGCCAGACCCAGAUCUCAAUAUACCUUUAAAUAACCAGCUAGCCAGACCCAGAUCUCAAUAUACCUUUAAAUAACCAGCUAGCCAGACCCAGAUCUCAAUAUACCUUUAAAUAACCAGCUAGCCAGACCCAGAUCUCAAUAUACCUUUAAAUAACCAGCUAGCCAGACCCAGAUCUCAACUCACCUUUAAAUAACCAGCUAGCCAGACCCAGAUCCCAAUAUACCUUUAAAUAACCAGCUAGCCAGACCCAGAUCUCAAUAUACCUUUAUAUAACCAGCUAGCCAGACCCAGAUCUCAAUAUACCUUUAAAUAACCAGCUAGCCAGACCCAGAUCUCAAUAUACCUUUAAAUAACCAGCUAGCCAGACCCAGAUCUCAACUCACCUUUAUAUAACCAGCUAGCCAGACCCAGAUCUCAAUAUACCUUUAUAUAACCAGCUAGCCAGACCCAGAUCUCAAUAUACCUUUAAAUAACCAGCUAGCCAGACCCAGAUCUCAAUAUACCUUUAUAUAACCAGCUAGCCAGACCCAGAUCUCAAUAUACCUGUUAAAAGUUUGGGGUCACUUAGAAAUGUCAUAAAAACCAUCUAAGUUAUUGACACGUAUUUAUAAUUAAAAUGUCCAUUAAAAAGUCCAAGUAGGGGACAGAAAGGAGAGCGAAAUGUAUUUAUCCCAGUUGAUACGGUACGUUAAUGCUGUCUGCUGGGUUAGUAACGCAUUACUUGGACAUUUUAAUGGACACUUGAGUUAUAAAUACAUUUCAACAACUUACGUAGCUUUAUGACAUUCUUACUGCAGGUCUAUGACAGGUCAAUGGCAGGUCUAUGACAGUUCUAUGACAGGUCUAUGGCAGGUCUAUGACAGUUCUAUGACAGGUCAAUGGCAGGUCUAUGACAGGUCUAUGAAAGUUCUAUGACAGGUCUAUGGCAGGUCUAUGACAGGUCUAUGGCAGUUCUAUGACAAGUCUAUGACAGGUCUAUGGCAGGUCUAUGAUAGGUCAAUGGCAGGUCUAUGACAGGUAUAUGACAGGUCUAUGGCAGGUCUAUGGCAGGUCUUUGACAGUUCUAUGACAGGUCUAUGGCAGGUCUAUGACAGUUCUAUGACAGGUCUAUGACAGUUCUAUGACAGGUCUAUGGCAGGUCUAUGACAGGUCUAUGGCAGGUCUAUGACAGGUCAAUGGCAGGUCUAUGACAGGUAUAUGACAGGUCUAUGGCAGGUCUAUGACAGGUCUAUGGCAGGUCUAUGACAGUUCUAUGACAGGUCUAUGACAGGUCUAUGACAGUUCUAUGACAGGUCUAUGGCAGGUCUAUGACAGGUCUAUGGCAGGUCUAAUGGCAGGUCUAUGACAGGUCUAUGAAAGUUCUAUGACAGGUCUAUGACAGUUCUAUGACAGGUCUAUGGCAGGUCUAUGGCAGGUCUAUGACAGGUCAAUGGCAGGUCUAUGACAGGUAUAUGACAGGUCUAUGGCAGGUCUAUGACAGUUCUAUGACAGGUCUAUGGCAGUUCUAUGACAGGUCUAUGACAGUUCUAUGACAGGUCUAUGGCUGGUCUAUGACAGGUCUAAUGGCAGGUCUAUGACAGGUCUAUGACAGGUCUAUGGCAGGUCUAUGACAGGUCUAAUGGCAGGUCUAUGACAGGUAUAUGGCAGGUCUAUGACAGGUCUAUGGCAGGUCUAUGACAGGUCUAUGACAGUUCUAUGACAGGUCUAUGGCAGGUCUAUGACAGGUCUAUGACAGGUCUAUGGCAGGUCUAUGACAGGUCUAAUGGCAGGUCUAUGACAGGUCUAUGGCAGGUCUAUGACAGGUCUAUGGCAGGUCUAUGACAGGUCUAUGGCAGGUCUAUGACAGGUCUAAUGGCAGGUCUAUGACAGGUCUAUGGCAGGUUUAUGACAGUUCUAUGACAGGUCUAUGGCAGGUCUAUGACAGUUCUAUGACAGGUCUAUGGCUGGUCUAUGACAGGUCUAAUGGCAGGUCUAUGGCAUGUCUAUGACAGUUCUAUGACAGGUCUAAUGGCAGGUCUAUGACAGGUCUAUGGCAGGUCUAUGGCAGGUUUAUGACAGGUCUAUGGCAGGUCUAUGAUAGUUCUAUGACAGGUCUAUGGCAGGUCUAUGACAGGUCUAUGGCAGGUCUAUGACAGGUCUAUGGCAGGUCUAUGACAGGUCUAUGGCAGGUCUAUGGCAGGUCUAUGGCAGGUCUAUGGCAGGUCUAUGGCAGGUCUAUGGCAGGUCUAUGGCAGGUCUAUGACAGGUCUAAUGGCAGGUCUAUGACAGGUCUAUGACAGGUCUAUGGCAGGUCUAUGACAGGUCUAAUGGCAGGUCUAUGACAGGUCUAUGGCAGGUCUAUGGCAGGUGUAUGACAGUUCUAUGACAGGUCUAUGACAGUUCUAUGACAGGUCUAUGGCAGGUCUAUGACAGUACUAUGACAGGUCUAUGACAGUUCUAUGACAGGUCUAUGGCAGGUCUAUGACAGUUCUAUGACAGGUCUAAUGGCAGGUCUAUGACAGGUCUAUGGCAGGUCUAUGACAGUUCUAUGACAGGUCUAAUGGCAGGUCUAUGACAGGUCUAUGGCAUGUCUAUGACAGUUCUAUGACAGGUCUAAUGGCAGGUCUAUGACAGGUCUAUGGCAGGUCUAUGGCAGGUUUAUGACAGGUCUAUGGCAGGUCUAUGUUAGUUCUAUGACAGGUCUAUGGCAGGUCUAUGACAGGUCUAUGGCAGGUCUAUGACAGGUCUAUGGCAGGUCUAUGACAGGUCUAUGGCAGGUCUAUGACAGGUCUAUGGCAGGUCUAUGGCAGGUCUAUGGCAGGUCUAUGGCAGGUCUAUGACAGGUCUAUGGCAGGUCUAUGACAGGUCUAUGACAGGUCUAAUGGCAGGUCUAUGACAGGUCUAUGACAGGUCUAUGGCAGGUCUAUGACAGGUCUAAUGGCAGGUCUAUGACAGGUCUAUGGCAGGUCUUUGACAGGUCUAUGACAGGUCUAUGGCAGGUCUAUGACAGGUCUAUGUCUGAUACCAAAACAUUUGUUUUAGGCCCAGCUCUAACAAUUUGCACUUCAGAAAAAAAGACCCCACAUUCUCUCUCUGGUCAAAUAUAUUUUUUUGUUUCAAAAAAGAAAUGAAAUCUAACCCUGAAAUACUACUAGUUUUUCCCUUGAGAUUAUUUCCCAGGAAGAAUCUGGAAAAAAAGGCCACUGAAUCAACAUUUAAGGUCUCUUUAACCAAAAUGAAAGGCCCCGCCUACAGGCUACAAUGGUAGGGAAAACACUGCAAUACAAAACUACUGUUCUAAACCUAUUAUUACUGUCAUUUAUACUGUUUCUAUGACGAUGAUGGUUAUUUUAUUUAAGAUGUUUUUAUUCCUAUAACGACCGUUUAUUUAUAACAAUUUAAUAAGAAAUAAUGAUUAAAUAUUUUAUGAGAUGA